AUGCGUCUCCAAUCCACUCUUCUCUUCUUCGCUGCAGGCAGCACGCUUGGGCAGAUCUUCGUACCCAGGGUGGUUUCCGAGCUUGCCCAAUAUGCGCUGAAAAUAUUUGAUGAAUAUGUCGACCAUCCAGUGCGGAUUGGGCGAAACAGCACUCUGGGUAUACAAGUAAGCGUAGAAGUCAACGUAGCCGCAACUUGUACCAGCUCAUACUGGUUGGAAAACAUUGCCCACCAGGGAAAGGCGGCCUUCAACUCCAACCCAUCGGGCUACCAAGUCUACCGCAAUGUGAAAGACUUCGGAGCGAAGGGUGACGGUGUGAAUGAUGACACGGCUGCCAUUAACGCAGCUAUCUCCUCAGGAAAUCGAUGUGGAAUUGGGGAAACCUGUGGCUCUUCGACGACAACUCCCGCGGUGGUCUACUUCCCAGCUGGUACUUACAUGAUCAGCUCGAGCAUUGUCGAUCUCUACUAUACCCAAAUUAUCGGAAAUCCCAAUUGCAUGCCUACCAUCCGUGCCUUUCCAUACUACUCGGGUAGCUUUCUCGGCAUGAUCGAUGCCAAUCCGUACUCGAACCGCGGAAAUCUUGCCUAUGGGGCUACGAACGUGUUCUGGAGAGAGAUCAAGAAUUUAAUCAUCGAUAUGACCCUUGUUCCAGCUUCCACUCCCAUUACCGGCAUUCACUGGCCUACCGCACAGGCUACGAAUCUGCAGAACAUCAUUUUCCAGAUGAGCAGWGUCAGGGGCACGCAGCAUCAGGGCAUCUUCAUCGAGUCCGGAAGCGGAGGCUUCGUCUCUGACCUCACGUUCAAUGGUGGUCUGUACGGUGGCAAUUGGGGCAAUCAGCAGUUCACGAUGAGGAACCUGCACUUCAACAACGUUGUUACAGCCAUCAACCAGAUCUGGGAUUGGGGCUGGACCUAUCAAAACAUCAACAUCAACAAUUGCACUGUCGGUCUGAACAUGUCAUCUGGUGGUCGUAGUAACAUCGCGGUCGGAUCUGUCACCCUCCUUGACUCUACUAUCAGCAACACCCAAACAGGAAUCAUCACAGCACACGAUGCAAACUCUCAGCCAGGAGCAGGAGGUAGCCUCAUUAUCGAGAACCUCAAGUUAAACAAUGUCCCUGUAGCGAUACGCGGUCCAGACGGUCCGAGACUCUCUGGCGUGUCCAGUAUUGCAGGCUGGUCUGAGGGACACUCCUACACACCGAAUGGACCGAAUAAUGUCCAGGGCCAGAUGACUCCGGUUACCCGUCCCUCUAGCUUGCUCCAGGCUGAUGGGAAAUACCACCAGCGUAGCAAGCCAUCUUAUGCCAAUCUCCCAGUGUCAUCUUUCCUCAGUGCCCGAACUGCUGGCGCUACUGGUGAUGGCCGCACGGACGAUACGACUGCCUUGCAAAAUGCGAUUAACAACGCAAAGUCGCAGAACAAGAUACUUUAUCUUGAUCAUGGAAAUUACCGCGUGACCCGAAGCAUCUAUAUUCCUGGUGGAGCCAAGAUUGUCGGCGAGGCCUACUCUGUCAUCAUGUCUGCUGGAAGCUUUUUCAACGACAUGAGCAAUCCUCAACCCGUUGUAAAAAUCGGAAACUCCGGCGAGACUGGCAGCGUUGAGCUUUCCGAGUUUAUCAUCAGUACCCAAGGCCAGCAGAAAGGUGCCACGUUGAUUGAAUACAAUCUUGCCUCUCCGGCAGGCUCCCCGAGUGGGCUGUGGGAUGUGCAUACUCGUAUUGGUGGCUUUGCUGGCUCUGACCUUCAGCUCGGCCAAUGUGCGAAGACACCUGGAACAACCAUCACUUCUGCGAACCUCGUGCAGAACUGCAUCUCCGGCUUUCUACACAUGCACAUCACCAAGCCAGCUACCGGCCUCUACUUGGAAAAUGUCUGGCUUUGGACUGCCGACCACGAUAUUGAGGCUGCUAGCCUUGGCCAGAUCACUAUCUACACUGGUCGUGGUCUCUUGGACRAAAGUACCAAUGGGCCUGUGUGGCUUGUCGGAACAGGCGUGGAACAUAAUCAGCGUUAUGAAUACCAGUUCCUCAACACCAAGAAUGUUUGGGCUGGUCAGAUCCAAACUGAAACAGCAUACUACCAACCGAACCCCAACGCAAAGAUUCCCUUUCCUGUCAACGAAGCAUAUGGCGAUCCUACAUACCCCGGCCCGGAUACUAUCACCGAUCAAGGGGCAGUGGUCCCAGCAGUAAAUGGAUGGGGUGUAAGAAUCGUCAACUCUCAAGCCAUCGCAAUCUACGGCGCCGGAUUAUACUCUUUCUUCAACAACUACUCCACAAGCUGCAGUGACCAAGGCAAUGGCUCAGUCUGCCAGCACAGAAUUGCAACUGUUCUGAACUCCAAUGCCAUCACCAUCUACAAUUUGAAUACCGUUGGGACGAGAUUCCAAAUAUCUGUGGAUGGUAAAGAUGUCGCGCGGUACGCUUCGAAUCCUAAUGGGUUUGUGCAGACUAUUGCGCUGUUUAAGAAGUAG